AUGAGUGAAAAUUAUAAAAAGGCUGUUACACUUUCUUUAAAUGGGCGACUUAAAAAAGAAAAUAAAGAUAAUUGGAAGAAAACCAUUAAGUCUACGUUGCGUAAUAGUGCAGUGGGUAAAACUCCAAAAAUUUCUUGUAAACACACUGCUUCCACUAAACUGUGUAAAGCAAAUGAAUUGACUCAAGCAGAUAUCCAAGCUUUCUUCAAUAAGGUGUACCAAAUUGCCUACGUCAUAAUUAAAAUGGCGAAUUCCCCACGACCAGGAACUUGGAUUUUAGAACGUUCUAUAGACGAUCAAAAUUACGAGCCUUGGCAGUAUUUUGCACGAACAGACAAAGAGUGUCUCGAACGUUUCGGAAUUCCAGCUACAAAAGGAAAGCCGCACUACUUUACGGACAACGAAAUUCACACAUCUUUAAUCCAGGGACGACCAGGUGCAAAUGAAACUAGUCCAGAGCUUUCUGAAUUUACGAAAGCUCGCUUUGUACGGCUUCGACUAAUGGGACUACGAGGAACACAAGAACCAAUGCCGCGAUGGUUGGCGCAGGAUAUCUGGAAAGAAAAGCGGCUAUUUUAUUCUAUCAGAGAUAUCAGCAUUGGAGGUCAAUGUGUUUGCAAUGGUCACGCGGAAAAUUGUCGACAUAACGUUGCAUCUGGCCAUCCUGAAUGUGAAUGCAGUCACCAUACGUGCGGUCCAAAUUGCGAGAAAUGUUGCCCUAUGUAUAACCAACGCCAAUGGGGCCCAGGAUCCGCUAGAGAUGCCAGACAAUGCUUGCCUUGCAACUGUCACGGACACGCUACAAGUUGCCACUAUGAAGAAGAUGUUGAUAGAUCCGGCCUUAGUAUGGAUAUUCACGGAACGUAUCAGGGUGGAGGUGUAUGCGACAAUUGUACGGAUUUUACUAUGGGUAUUAAUUGCGAAAAAUGCCUCCCAGGAUAUUAUCGACCCACUAACACCCCACCUGACGCGGAAAAACCUUGUGUCCAGUGUAACUGCGAGGUCUCUGGUGCUGCUAGUACUUGCGUACAAUAUGGAGAGACAGCUGGAAAAUGUAGGUGUAAGGAAGGUUAUACUGGAGAGAAAUGUGAAACCUGCGAUAUUGGUUAUACAGGGUUUCCCGACUGUCAACCAUGCCCUUGUGAUGCCAAAGGAGUUAAAGGAAUCGACAAAUGCGAAGAAGGAUGUAUUUGUAAGGAAAAUGUUGAGGGCAAAUAUUGUGAUAAAUGCAAAUCAGGCUAUUUUGGAUUAAGAAAUGACAUCGAAGAGGGCUGUCUACCGUGCUUCUGUUCUCAAGUAACAACUCUAUGUGAAUCGGCAUUAAUUAAGCAACAAACAGUUAGUUCUCUUAAAGAAUGGAUGAUAACCGAUUUAAAAGUAACAAAAGUGGUAAAACCAAACUGGAACGGUCAAAGUGUUUUUUCGCUGGGUAACUACGGAGACUUUUCAGGGAAUAGCGGUGACGGAAUGGGGACAAGAUCUUUUUACUGGCUGGCACCUGAAGAAUAUUUGGGUAACAAACUCGAGGCUUACAACUCCAACUUUCUAUUCAAAGUUCAGUGGGUGGUGAUGAGGGGAGACACCAGUGGCGAACCGACUAGAGGGCCAAAUAUUGUUCUUAUAGGAAAUGGAAUGAAAAUAGGUUACGGUGACGAUAUUCAUACUUCAUCCAAGAUGACAUUCCAAUUGAAACUUAACGAAAUAGGCUGGUAUCACAUUCCACAAAAUAUUCGGGAUGUUACAAAGAUUGAUGGUACUGUUUACCAUGGUGCAGCAGUGACAAGAAAUGAAUUUCUGAAAUUACUUAGCAAUGUUUCAAACGUGUUACUAAGAUCUACAUUUCAUACUGACCAGAUUGAAUCAUUAUUGGAGGAAGCUGCGUUAAAUAUUGAUGAUGAUGAAUAUGGAUACAGCAGUGUAGAGCGGUGUUCCUGUCCUUCUGGUUACACUGGAUUAUCCUGCGAAUCCUGUUCAUUUGGUUACGUUCGAAUUCUGCCUAACAUGACGACAACCAACAUCGAGCAAAGCUUUUGCGUCAAAUGUGAUUGUAAUGGUCACUCUCCAUCGUGCAACUCUGAUACAGGGGAAUGUUCCUGUCAGCACAACACUAUGGGAGAAAAAUGUGAACGUUGCGCUCCUGGUUUCUACGGCAAUCCAAUCCGGGGCACUCCCGAUGACUGCAAAAAGUGUGCCUGUCCUUUAGAGAACGACGAGAACAACUUUAGCCCCAGCUGUCAACUCGACUACUAUGCCGAGAGGGAAGAAGAUGAGGGCAAUUACGUCUGUACUCAAUGUCCGAAGGGAUACACGGGGGAUCACUGUGAAAUCAAUUGUCAACCUUGUGAUUGCAAUGGAGGACCUUGUGAUCGAAAAACUGGUCAGUGUCUUAGUUGCAGAGGAAACACUGAAGGUUGGAAAUGUGAAAAGUGUAAACCAGAACAUUAUGGAGAACCGUCACAAUUUAAUUGCAAAGCCUGCGAAUGUGACUCAAUCGGGUCCGUGUCAAGGCAGUGUAAUAAUGUAACGGGACAAUGCGAAUGUAAAGAAAAGUUUAUAGGAAGAAUAUGUUCGGAAUGUGAGACAGGUUUUGGAAACGUAACUGCCUUGUGUGUACCCUGUAGCUGUAAUUCAAUAGGUUCAGUUUCGGAAAUAUGCAAUACGCAUACCGGCAUUUGUGAUUGCAAACCAGGAGUAGAAGGUUUUCAUUGCGACGCCUGCCAGAACCUCUUUUACGGAUUCUCUGAGAUCGGCUGUAAACUAAGAUAUCUUGACGUUCUCGAAAUAAAUGAACAGGAUGAAAAUUUAAUUAGCGGCGAACGUUCAACGUUAAAUGAACUUCAUAAUGAGAACGUAUCAUUAUGA